UGAGCCCGAAGAGUGGGGCUCCCUGUUCUCCCUGGCCUCGCCGCCCUCCGGCCACGGGCACGACGAGGCCGCCUGCCUCCGAGCCGGAGCAGGCGCUGGCGGGCGGCUAGCCGAGAUCCGCCAGCUCGAGCGCCGCCUGCAGCGAGUUCGCCAGCUGGAACGCUCGCAACUGGUCGAUAUCGAGACGAAACUGGCCAACAUUCGACAGAACCACUCCGGACUCAUGUCCGCCUCGGCAGGCCUUGGGCCUCGACGGCUCGGCGGCCUCCACGUCUCGCCAUCGAUCCGCCGACCGAAAGCGCCGCUCGCUCACUCGGCCGGUCUGCCUUUCGAUCGCCUCAGUCUGGAGGACUACACAAGCGGCGACUCGGCCGGCUCGAGCGGACGAGCCGGCGCCGGCGUGUGCGCCGGCGAACCGGCCAGCAGCAGUCGCAGCCUUCUCCGCUACGCCGCCGGCCGGGCCCACCCUUUGGGCGGAAGUCUGCAGCGACCGAGGCGCCGCGGCAGUUGGACGAGCCAGACGCUCGAUGCCAACCUGUCGGGCCGCUAUAGCUCGGCCUGGUCGGACAGCGCCGGCGGCGGUGAUUGGAGUCCGCCGCUCGACACGUCGCGGAGGUCGCAUCUGGUCGAUUUGCCGAUUGAAGAGGCCGUGGCCACCGCAUCAGCCAUCGCCUCGGCCACCCGCGACGCUCGCCUCUUUGCCGACUCGGACCGGCCGAGUCGGGAGAGGCGCAUGUUGUCGCGCUCCACGGAGCAUCUUACCGCCGGCCUUGGCAACCGCAGACGUCCGACCCACGGUCGUCUGCCCUCCGCGGCCGGCGACGAGUCCGGCCGAGCGACACUGCCGGCCCGAGGCCUGACGCAGUCCGAGUUGUUGUUGUCGCGGCGCCUCGACUCGGGCCUGGACGUCUACGAGGCCGUGUUGCCGGGCGAGGCGAACCGUGAGAGACGCCAGAGUCUGGCCGAUCGACUCAGCAGUCAUUCACGACGGCCAGAUCGCGAUCUGGUCGCCAGUCAACUGCGUCGAUGUGUCGAACGAGAGCAUCGGCGACUGCUCAAAAGUCUGAUGGAGACGACCGGCUCCACCAACCGCUCUGCCAUAAGCCAGCCUCUGACCACACUCGGCGGCCUCGAGAUGGCCCCAAUUUCGGUGGCCGGACUGCCCCCGGCCAUCUUCACCACGGCCUCGGUUCGCCCCACCUCCGGACAUCCCCUCGGUCUGCAGACAGCCGGACAAUUACAACUCGUUGAUCAUCUUCCCUUGCUCCCUUUACAGCAGCACCACCUCCAACAACAACAACAGCAACAACAACAGCUUGAACAGCUACGGGCAAGCCAGCUGCUGACCGGUGCUGACGGCCAUCUCGGCCUCACUGCAUCCUCUUUGCUGCCCCUUCCACUCCAAGACCCAUACUCCCCCCUUCAGGCCCAACAGCUAACGCAGCUCAUACUGCAGAGGCAAUCACAACAACAACAACAACAGCAGCAGCAGCAACAACAACAACAGGUCGCAUGGACGUCUCCUGGCGGAGGCGAUGGCGGCGGCCUCUUGCCGGCCUGCAGUGUCGACGAACUAACGGCGCUGCUGCUCAACAAUCCUCUCCUCCUCGACGCUCUGACGCAAGAAUUGCUGCUGAACCAACACCAACAACAAUUGCAACAGAGUAGGCCACUGCAACAACUGCCGAUCGAGGCGACUACUGCCAGGGCGGAUGCUCCUGCCAUGAUGGAUCCGGAACAGUUGACGACAUUGGCGGCGGUCGCUGGGGCCGUUGCGGCGGCCGCCAUGGCCCGAUUCAGUAACUCCGCGCCAGCCGCCGGCGUCGCUGGGACGGACGCAGGAGACACUUUGUUUCAGUCGAAUUUGCAGCAUCUCUUGCUGCAACCGCAACAGCCGGCAGCACAAAUGCCGUCGGUGUCAAAGUCGAUCGGGCUCCAGGGCUCUGAACGUUCCGAACCGUCUCUGCCGACAGAGCAGUUGAUUGACUGGAACGAUCCAGUCCAGCUGCUAGGCCUCUACGAGGGUCUGGCCAGUAACGUGCAUUUUAUGCAGCAAUUGCCGGCUGACAUCCGAGGGCUACUCGGACAGUAUUUAGUCCAGUUGAGACAAGAGGCGGCACAAUUGUCGACGUGUGCCGGCCAGUUGACCCAGAGUCUGACGGGAAACCCACCAACUAGCAGAACAGAGGUAACAGCUGCCGUUGCCGUGACAAAAACCAUAUCAGCAACAUCGGAAACAGCCACAUCGACGGCAUUGGGAGAACAGCCCAGGCGACUAAUGGAU